CUGGGACGCAGCGCGGGUCGGGCCCACUUCCCACGUCGGCUUUCCGGGCUGGUGCGGCAUCCGCUCCUCACCGGCGCAACCAACCGAUAAUGGGGGCUCUGGGCGUCCGGCGCGGUCUGGAGUGGCUACUGGGCCUCUACUUCCUCUCCCAUGUCCCCAUCACUCUGCUCUUGGACCUGCAGGUGGUGUUGCCGCGCGAACUCUACCCCGUCGAGUUGAGAAACCUGCUGAAGUGGUAUACCAAGGAGUUCAGAGACCCUCUGCUACAGGAACCCCCAGCGUGGUUUAAGUCCUUCCUGUUUUGCGAGCUCAUGUUGCAGCUGCCUUUCUUCCCCAUAGCAGCCUAUGCCUUCUUCAAAGGAGGCUGCCGGUGGAUCCGCACCCCUGCAAUCAUGUACUCCGUUCACACCAUGACAACUUUAAUUCCAAUUCUCUCCACAUUGCUAUUUGAGGAUUUCUCCAAAGCCAGCGGUUUCAAAGGACAAGGACCUAAGACUUUCCACGAACGACUAACCCUCAUAUCGGUCUACGCCCCCUACUUUCUCAUCCCUCUUAUGCUUCUGCUUUUCAUGUUGCGGAGCCCCUACUACAAGUAUGAGGAGAAAAGAAAGAAGAAAUGAGAGAAAUGACCACUGGCCCGGCGGGAGAUGCCCACAGGGCAGUUUCCUGUUGGACCCGGUAUGCAGAAAACUGCUCAGAACCCAUGUUUUUCGGUAGCGUUCGAACCACACCAGCAACACACAAGAGCAAGACACUGGCAGGAGCCCCAUCAGACUCUCCCCUUCUGAGAACACUGGCACCAACGGACCAAUCACCUGAGGACGGACAGGGGGGUGUGCGCUGGGUUAUAGGGAGGUGGAGCCAAAUCCCUCACUGUGUGCCCAAGUUCCGCCGGGAGCAGGACCAGACCAGAAACUGGAUAAACUUCUGAGACACGUGGCCUGCUUGGCAUGUUCACGAGUCACUUGACCCACAACGUACAGGUGACUAAACCCUCGAUUCAUGAUUCUCUACAGCGUGUCAUUAAUCAGCAAAAUGAAGAGUGGGAUGUUUCAGGCCAUUUUUAAGUUUAAAACUGUGACUUUAAUAUUCAUUGAAAAUGAUAUCCUGGGUUUUUUUGCCUCCCCCUCUGGUGGGGGGAAAGGUCCUGUAAGAGGUUUAGACUUGGGUUUUGCUCAACGGUUAGCUCUGGCCUGACUUCCAGAAAUGGGUUACGCUGGAAGGUGUUUUCUUUCUGUCUUAAACGGGUCAUCCCAGAAAAGAUUUUAAGUCUCCUUAAAGACCUUAGUCUUCUGUUUUUACAGACCACCUGACAUAAGUCCCGCUCUGAGGUCUAGUGUCUCAAACCUCUUCUGGAAGUGUGCUUCCAGGGGGAUAACGUCACCUCCCUGAUAGUUUCGUCAUUCCUGGCUUGUUCUCUAAGUAGAGGGGCAGCUGGGCCUGACGUGUCCGUUGUGUAAAUACAGGAGCUCUUCGUUGGUGUUCCUUAGUUUUCUCUAAAUGCGUACUCAAGGCCAACUCAAAACCAAAAACUCAGUGAAUGCAUGGAAAAUGGUAACUGGUCCUUCCUCUUUUUAUCUGUUUUGCUCACAAGUCAUAAUGGUCUGAUUGAUGGGGUACCAUCUGACACCUGUGUCCGGUCCCAAUAAAGGUAGCUGCCGACGAC